AUGGCUUCUGCACUAUUCUUCCUCGAUUUGAAGGGCAAGACCCUUCUUGCCCGCAACUAUCGAGGUGACAUUCCCAUGUCCGCCGUGGAGAAAUUCCCCAUCCUCCUUUCCGACGCCGAAGAAGAAUCAUCGGCCGUCCCCCCGUGUUUCUCUGACGAGGGCAUCAACUACCUCUACAUUCGCCACAACAACCUGUAUCUCCUUGCCCUGACGAAGCGCAACACCAAUGCCGCAGAGAUUCUGUUGUUCCUACACAAGAUUGUCGAGGUGUUUACAGAGUAUUUCAAAGAGCUGGAAGAAGAGUCCAUACGAGACAACUUUGUCGUCAUCUACGAACUGCUGGAUGAGAUGAUGGACUUUGGUUAUCCUCAAACAACCGAGACCAAGAUCCUCCAGGAGUACAUUACUCAAGAGUCGCAUAAACUCGAGGUCCAGGCACGACCACCCAUCGCCGUUACCAAUGCGGUGUCGUGGAGAAGUGAAGGUAUCAGAUAUCGCAAGAACGAGGUGUUCCUCGAUGUCGUUGAAUCCCUCAAUCUACUGGUCUCGUCGACCGGCAAUGUCCUACGCUCCGAGAUCCUGGGUGCGAUCAAGAUGAAAUGCUAUCUCUCGGGAAUGCCCGAACUCCGCUUGGGUCUGAACGACAAGGUCAUGUUUGAGACGACCGGUAGAGCCACGAGAGGCAAGGCGGUCGAGAUGGAAGACGUCAAAUUUCACCAGUGUGUCCGGUUAUCCAGGUUCGAGAACGACCGAACCAUCAGCUUCAUCCCGCCAGAUGGAGAGUUUGAGCUUAUGAGCUAUCGUCUCAAUACCGCGGUGAAGCCACUGAUCUGGGUCGAGUGUGUCGUGGAAUCGCAUUCCGGGUCCCGGAUAGAAUACAUGCUGAAGGCCAAGGCGCAGUUCAAAAGAAGGUCAACGGCCAACAAUGUCGAGAUCAUAAUUCCUGUCCCGGACGACGCAGACACGCCGCGAUUCCGUACUAAUAUCGGCGCUGUACAUUACGCCCCCGAGAAGUCCGCAAUCGUCUGGAAAAUCAAGCAGUUUGGAGGCGGCAAAGAGUUUCUGAUGCGUGCAGAGCUUGGUCUUCCCAGCGUCAAAGGGGACGACGAGCGCGGCGGUGGGAUGACCGGUGGCUUUGGUGGCAGUAUGGGAGGCAUCGCCGGCCAGGGCAAGGGCAAAAGACCGAUCAACGUGAAAUUCGAAAUCCCCUAUUUCACCACCAGCGGAAUCCAAGUCCGGUAUCUGAAGAUCAUAGAACCAAAGUUACAAUACCCGUCGUUGCCGUGGGUACGAUAUAUCACACAGUCGGGCGAUAUUGCCGUCCGAAUGCCUGAUGUCCAAGGUUGA